CUCGCAAAGUCACUUCAUACUGUAUUAUGAGGAGUGUCACUUACUCUGUUUUCUAAAGUUUUCCAAAAAUUUCUCGAUCGGUAUAUCAUUCACCUUCUUUACCGAAUUUCGUAUCUGACGGUUACGUAUACGACGCGUAUCUACUAUUUAACGAUUUCUAGUUCUCUUAUAGCAGUUAAACGGCAUUAUUGUAUUUAAUAUAAUAGGUAAACCUUCGCGUCAUUGUUUAUACACGAAGUCAUUAUUUUAUAAUGAACAGAUUAAAGUUUUUGAAAAAGUUCUUAAUGCCAUGUGGACUUUGCGCAGCAGUGCCAGUACUUCGAUCUCAAUCUCCUCAAGAUCCACCUGAUCCUUGCAGCAAUAAGAAAGAAAGCAAGAUGAUUCGUCCUUCAGAACUUCCUAUUUAUCCGUUAGAAGAUGUUUACUCUAAAGAUAUUCCAUGUUCAAACGUUUAUCCAUCUUCUGCUUUGGAGCAACAAUUUGGGACGAUUAGAAGAUCUCUGCAAGGUGUCAUGUUACAAUGGCAAAUCAUAUCAGAUACCGUUACAUCGAAGAUAAAUACUGGAUUGGAUCAUAGUCAAUAUUUAGUGGAGUAUCUACAAGAAGAAGAUAAUACUAUGCCACGAUUUGGUGCUAUUGGAAUUGGUGGACUGACAGGUAUAAUAUUUGGACUUCGAGGAGGCUUCUUAAAAAAAUUGAUGUAUACCAGUACAGGUGCUCUUACCAUUGGAGCCAUUUGUUAUCCCAAGAAAGCUCAGGAAAGUUUAGAAUAUGCUAAACAUUAUGCUAAUGUUAGUUAUAACUUUAUUUAUGGCGUGAAACCAGGAGAUGAUGAGCGAGUAUUACCAGAUAUUAAAUUGUCAGAUUUAUCGACAUUUAAAAUGCCUAAUACUUUUUCGGAAUUCGUAGAAUUGAGCACUGAUACGGGGCGGGCUAUUGUUAGUUUAGUUGGUUCUUUAAGCGAGAGGACAUGGGAAUUUGUAACUGAUAAGAAAGAGGUGACGAAAUCUGCGCUUAAGACAGACUCUGACAAUAAUGAAAAAAUUGAUUGAAGAGACAACUACGUCGGAUUUUCUAAAUCGUAAUUGUUUGUAAAAAUAUAUGGUAACAAAUAUUAGAAAAAUA